CCCCAAAGAUACAUUUUAGGUGUCAGUGUGUGGUUUGUUUUCUCUCACGAGAAAUCAUCUUUCAGAUUAGGUAACCUGAGAGCAACUGGUACCUUCUAGUUUCAGAAGGCUAAUUGGUGAGAAACUAACUUCAUUACAGGCUGUCAUUUCUCUGCAGAUUACCCGGAAGUGCGUGCGUUUGGCCUCAUUCUUAACUCCCAGCUGCACUUUUGUGCCUCCAGCUGCUCACUAGGCUGUUCUGGUCCGAAGUCUUGUCAUCACCUCACACUCAACUCUUCUAAAAUUCAGCUUCACCUUCUCUCUGAGAUGGGCCGCGUUUGCUCACGGGCUCCGCUCUUCCUCCCCAGCUCCGACACAGGCCGGCACCUCCGAUCUCGUCCUCAGAGCCUGUCAGCUGUUUCCUUCCCAGCUCUCAGAUAGCAUCGAUCCCUUUCUUUAUUGCCUGUCACUGUUGUGCUCUUUUCCCUCUUUGUCCCCCAGAAGUGAGUAAAACAUUUUACCUCUAAGAUGUCCUAGCACUGACAGCAGUGCCCGAGCCGGCCCGUCUGUCCUGCCUCUGCCCAGCCUUCCCUGGAAGCCUUGGGGUGUCUCCUCUGACACUGGAUCCAGAGGAGACCCUGAACGUACCUAGAGGGCCUGCCCAGUGCCCAGCUCCUAGGAGGUGCUCGUUACAUAGCAGUGGUUCCUGACUUAUUUCCUGGGACAGUGUUCUCCUCGGGCCAGUUGUUUAAUCAGUAUUAGCCAGGAUUUGCUGAGAGAUGGAGGAGUCUGCGCAGCAUGAUCGGAACACGGUGGCCCUGGAGGAGGCGGACCCCCUCAGGAGCCCCAGCCCUCGGAUUUCCGUCAGCGAGUUUUCCUGCCACUGCUGUUACGACACCCUGGUCAACCCCACCACCUUGAACUGCGGCCACAGCUUCUGCCGGCACUGCCUGGCUCUAUGGUGGGCCUCCUCGAGGAAGACCGAGUGUCCGGAGUGCAGAGAGAAGUGGGAAGGCUUCCCCAGAGUCAACAUCCUCCUCAGGGAUGCCAUCGAAAAAUUAUUUCCUGAUGCCAUCAGAAUGCGAUUUGAAGACAUUCAGCAGAAUAGUGACAUAGUCCAGAGUCUUGCAGCCUUUCAGAAAUACGGGAAUGAUCAGGCUCCUUUAGCCACCAACACAGGCCGAGCGAAUCCGCAGAGAGGUGGGGGGUUCUUUUCCGGAGUGCUCACCGCUUUAACUGGCGUGGCGGUGGUCCUGCUCGUGUACCACUGGAGCAGCAGGGAGUCCGAGCACGACCUCCUGGUCCACAAGGCGGUGGCCAAAUGGACGGCAGAAGAAGUGGUCCUCUGGCUGGAGCAGCUGGGCCCUUGGGCCUCUCUCUACAGAGACCGGUUUUUAUCUGAAAGAGUGAACGGAAGGCUGCUUUUAACUCUGACAGAGGAAGAAUUUUCAAGGGUGCCGUACAGCAUAGAAAACAGCAGCCACAGGAGAGCCAUCCUGCUGGAACUGGAGCGGGUCAAAGCCCUCGGGGUGAAGCCCCCCCAGAAUCUCUGGGAAUAUAAGGCCGUGAACCCGGGCAGGUCCCUGUUCCUGCUGUACGCCCUCAAGAACUCCCCGAGGCUCGGCCUGCUGUACCUCUACCUGUUCGACUACACAGACACCUUCCUGCCCUUCAUCCACACCAUCUGCCCUCUGCAGGAAGAGGCGGCCGGCGACGACAUCAUCACCAGGCUUCUGGACCUCCGAGAGCCCACGUGGAAGCAGUGGCAAGGACUCCUCGUCAAGUGCUCCCUCCUCCCGUACCAGCUGGUGGCCGAGUUCGCGUGGGGCUGGCUGGAGGCCCACUACUGGACGUCCCGCUUCCUCAUCGCCGACGCCGUGCUCCUCUCGGUGCUGGAGCUCUCCUCCUUCUGGAGGGCCUGGUCGAGGAGCGAACUGAAGACUGUGCCUCAGAGGAUGUGGAGCCAUUUUUGGAAAGUGUCAACACAGGGGCUCUUUGUGGCCAUGUUCUGGCCCCUCAUCCCUCAGUUUGUUUGCAACUGUCUAUUUUACUGGGCCCUGUACUUCAACCCCAUUAUUAACAUCGAUCUCGUGGUCAAGGAAGUCCGACGGCUAGAAACCCAGGUGUUGUGACUGGCAGCGCUCAGGCUCUGGAGGAUUCCUCUAGCCUCCUUGACACGUGAGCACGGAUGCUCCAAUGCGGGGUGGGGAGGGGGCCGACUUCCUGUUUCUCUGCCCCGUGAACAAGGUGCUGGUCUGUUAGAGGCCACAACCAAGUCCCCACUCCCUCUGCCUGGGGCACCAUGGCGCCAGGGACCGACUCCCCAGAGUCUGGCCGGCAACAACGGCGCCUCCCACCUGGCCACCCUCCUCACAGGGACUUGGGGGGCCUGGUCCACUGCACCUGUCCGGGACCCAGGGUCCCCAGAGGAUGCAAUAGGGCGACCUCAGAAGGCUGCUGGGUCAGUGGCCCCAACUGCCCUGACCUCAGCGAGGGACAGAGGCUCCCGGGGCACGUCACAGCCCCAGGCCGAGCCCGAGACCAGGCUUGUUGGGGCCAGGCCUGUUCUCUAAAUCAAAUUGAUGGAAACGGGAAAAGAUUUUGUCCUUGGCACAAACAGUUGCCCCUAAAAAAUAUAGAGGAAAAGCCCACAUCCAACAGACGAUGCUGUAUCACUGAAGAGGUGGCAGGUGCUUCCGAGUGAAGCCUCUCAAAGGCUCCAUUUGAGAUGGGGGGUGGCCGGGCUGGCGGGGUUUUCUGCAUGUGAUCUCUGCAACUCCGGACCCCUGGCUCCCAGGGGCAUUGGGAGCGGUCAGGAGGCAAUGGAGAGGCCCAGCUGCCUCAGUGCUUAAAACUGUUGUGGGGGGGUGGGUUGGUUUGGUUUUCAGGAAUUUAAUCUGUAAAAAUCCAGGAUAGCCCUUACGUUCAAGGAGGCAUUUUGUACUUGGACCUCACACUGUCUGAUCUUAUUGUCCUGGUCUGAUGUAUAAAACAGCAAGGUGUAAUUACACCAAGUGCUGUCAUUGUAAAUAUCAACACGAUGGGGCAGGGCCUUUGAUUUCCUUCCGGAAUGAAGAUAGCAAGUGCGAAUGUGAGCUGUCUGGAGAUCGGCCCCACAGAGGUAAGCUUGCAUCCACGGCGUUGCUUCGUGACUCUUCUGAACCAUUCAUUAAUCCUUUGGAUCCUUGAAGAUUUCACUCAAACUGCAUCUGAAAGUUUGAAGAAAUCACUUGAAAGCAAAAUAAAGAUUUUUUUAUAUAGGUGAAAGUUC